UUCCUUUUGCUAUUUUCGUCUGUUUUGUUUUUAUGUGUUCAGUAAUGUUCGUGGGAAUGUAAACUCGAAAGGGAAGUAGGAUAUUUCAUAUGAUGAAGUUCACUGAAUUUUUAUAAUGUUAUAAACUAGAAUCAUAAUUAAUGAGAAUAUUAAAAUUAGUGAAAUGGCCGAUAUUGAUAGAUUACAAUGUCGUAAUAUACCGAUGAAUUUUCUUCCUCCAACUCCUCCUGGAUUGGAGGCGUUAUAUUUGGCUUGUAGGAGAAUUUAUCCAGAUCAACCAAACCCAUUACAAGUCGCUGCUUUAGUUAAAUAUUGGCUUGGUGGACCUGAUCCUCUGGAUUAUAUCAGCAUGUACGCUAAUCCUGGUGACGUUGAACUGGAUAUACCUCCACAUUGGCAUUAUAUAAGCUUUGGACUGUCGGACCUUCAUGGAGAUGGACGGGUACACGAAGUCACCGGACCUGAGACUCCAAGUGGUUUUGGGUUUGAGUUGACAUUUAGACUACGGCGGGAAGCGAGUGAGACUGCACCUCCCACCUGGCCCGCCACACUCAUGCAGUCACUAGCCAAAUACGUCUUCCAGUCUGGUAACACACUGUGUGCGGGCGACCAUGUUUCAUGGCAUUGUGCACUGGAUAACAGUGAGUCACGUAUCCAACAUAUACUGAUGGCUGCAGAUCCACAGCUGACAACUACCACCACCCCGUUCGGUCCCGUCAGUUUCGUUCAAGUUGUUGGCAUCUGUAAGGAAGAACUGCUAGCUGCUCAACGGUGGAAUGGUCCAGGCGUACUUGAUAUUCUAAAACGGUUGCCAGUUGCAGGUGGAGCUUGGCUAGUGACUGACAUGAGGAGAGGUGAGAACAUAUUAGAGCUAGACCCGGCGGCUCAAGAGGAAGUGGACAGAGGAAUAGAGGAGGAUGGUUCUAACUUAAGUGGAGUUAGUGCUCGUUGCUCAUGGUCUGAGUUCAACCAACUGUUCACCCCAGGUGAGAGUGGAGGGUUAGCCACACCACCACUGUCACCUCACUCAGACUCGGAGCAGAUACAGGCAGCGCUCAAGAAGGGCUCUCUGAACACUCGGCCUGUUCUUCCACCUAUCAAGGGUCAAGCAGAGAGACAUGGCAUUGACAGCAGGGAUACCAGCUUGGAGAGCCACUUUUACGAUGAGGAUUGCCUGAGUGAGGCCACGGAGCUGGUGAGGACAAGGCGACUCGAGAGUUUACAUCUAACCUUCAACUUGGAGUCUGGCACACUGUUACGUCUGGUUAUAUGCAGCAGGGAUACCAGCUUGGAGAGCCACUUUUACGAUGAGGAUUGCCUGAGUGAGGCCACGGAGCUGGUGAGGACAAGGCGACUCGAGAGUUUACAUCUAACCUUCAACUUGGAGUCUGGCACACUGUUACGUCUGUGCUGUUACAGCAGCAGGGAUACCAGCUUGGAGAGCCACUUUUACGAUGAGGAUUGCCUGAGUGAGGCCACGGAGCUGGUGAGGACAAGGCGACUCGAGAGUUUACAUCUAACCUUCAACUUGGAGUCUGGCAUACUAUUACCUCUAGCUAUACGUGGGCGAGUGAGACAUGGCAGACACUUUACAUUUAAGUCAGUGCUAGGAGAUACGGCCAUCACGCUGGUUGCUGCGUCAGUCACCGGAACAUUUGUGGACGCGGACAAACCCUAUGUGGCACAUGGUCCUUGGCUGCAGGUCCUGAUCCCAGAGGAUUUCAUUGAAAUCAUGGCCACAUCCCUGGAGCCCCUCAACAACCCUGACCAGCUUACACUUCCUAAAACUUUUUUCUGGAAGGAAAGAAAACUCGCUAUCACGAUCCUGUCAGAUGGGAGGUAUCAAUAGUGCCUUAGAAACGACUACAGCAUUUAACAAAUCUCUCUAACAUAUUUAUAUAUAUUUUUAUAGUUGUUAAGUUUGAUGUGUUUAUCUAACACAUACUCGCACUUGCUCAGUAUUAUUUUAUUAUUCUAUCGAAGAAUGUACUACGUUUUGAAUCGUAAAGUCUAUAUUAUAGUGCCUAAGAAAAAAAUAUACCUCAAGUACCUUU